AUGCCGUCUCGUAAAAGAUCAGCACCAGAGCCGAGCACCAAUCGAAGAAGGUCUGGUCGAUUGUCUACCUCUGCACAAAAGAGCUCCUACUUUGAAGACUCAGACUCAGAUAAUAAAGCGCCGGCCAAGAAGCCACGCCGGGCGUCAGGACAGAGGAAAUCAGUUUCAAAACAAGCCGAUGAAGACCAAUACGAAGAGGACACUGCCGAUGAGGACCAUGAAGAAGUGGAUGACGAGGCCGACGAAGACGAUGAUGACGCCCCAAGAAAGGUGGAAAUCAUCCCCUUGAUAAAGAUGAGAGACACGGGAGGCGUGGAAUAUGAGGAUAACAAAAUACACAAAAACACAUUGCUUUUCCUCAAAGAUUUGAAGGCGAAUAACCAGAGGUCGUGGCUGAAAUCACAUGACGACGAAUACCGACGAGCUCUCAAAGAUUGGGAGUCAUUUGUGGAGGCCACUACACAAACACUCAUCGAAGUAGACGAGACCAUUCCUGAGUUACCUGUCAAAGAUGUCAUUUUUCGUAUCUACAGAGACGUUCGAUUCAGCAAGAUCAAGACGCCAUACAAGCCUCACUUCUCAGCUGCCUGGUCAAGGACAGGCAGGAAGGGACCCUACGCAUGUUACUACAUCCACUGCGAGCCUGGAUCGUCAUUCAUCGGCGGCGGCCUCUGGCACCCUGAGGCAGAAUUCAUCCACAAGCUCCGACGCAGCAUCGAUAGACAUCCUGAUAGAUGGCGUCGGACGUUUGAUGAUCCGUUAUUCAGAAGGGCGUUUUUUCCGAAUGUCAAGGCGAAUGCUGGUCCGGAGGCGGUGAUAAAGGCGUUUGUGCAGAAAAAUCAAGAGAAUGCGCUCAAGAAACGGCCAAUGGGCUAUGAGACUACGCAUAGGGAUAUCGAGCUUUUGAAGCUGCGCAACUAUACCGUCGGAACCAAAAUCGAUGCGGAUAUGCUUGCCAAGAAUACCGCACAGGACAAGGUGAAGGACAUUAUGCGUGGCCUCGCUGGAUUUGUCUCAUUUUUGAAUAGCGUGAUUAUGCCGGAUCUAGGUGUUGAUGACGAGAGUAGUGAGGAUGAGGAAGACGAUGGGGAGUAA